AUGAUUUCUUACGCCCUCAUCGCUGUGGCGACGGCAUGCCUCGUCCUGAUGAGCUCUUAUCGCGAGAUUCGCGAGAUACAUGGCUUUAUCGUUUACAUCGCUGUUGCCCUACUUUGUUGGGAGACCAAGUAUCCACACCCAUCCGCCAUUACUGCAGAUGCCGACAUGUACUACGGAACUGGUCGUCAUGUUGUGAGCACUAACUGGAUGGUGAUUGAGGAUGGAAUUUCCAUUAUACAGAGUUGGCUCGAUUUCUUAAGGAGCCGGCAUCCCUCAUAUGAAGGAGCCAUCGAUUCGACCUGGUAUCUCCUGGAAUCCGUGCUAUCCUUGAUGAUCACUGCGACCCUUCCGGCUACAUUGCUAUGGUGCUUGCACCUGAUCUUUGUAUCAUACCAAAGGAUGACGAACUGCUUAGCCGACAUCAUGGGACCCGUCUCGAACUGGCUUGCGACUCCAAACGAGUGGUCCGUCACUGGGAUGCCCGGGGCUUAUCCCCUGGUUGAUCGGCCGAUCGACAACCAAGAGCCUGGGGUCCAAGACGACCUGGACGCAACAGCCGAUCCCUCAUCCUCCCAUCACUCUCAUACUAUGAGCCCCGAGCAGGAUCAGGAAGGGGUCACAGGUCCAGCUGUGCCCGAUUACCCCUGCCCGUCAGCCCGAGAGCAUGCUCUCGAGGUUGAGCUUUUGGAAAUGACGUUGGAACGAAAUAUUGUCAUGAGGGAGCUUGAGCAAGCCAACAAGGAGAUGGAGGCGAUGAUGGCUCGGGAGGCACUUUCGAGUGCCGCUAUACCCACCCUCGCCUUCUCCCCCGUCAGGCGUGUCGUGUCAAUUGCCCCUCUCGCUCCGGUCGUCCAGCAUACCCCGACUUUAUCGGUAUCGACGGCUGUAACCAUGGCUAUACUUCUUCCGGAGAUUUCCUCCGAUCCUGUUCUCAGUCUUGUUCCUCCCACGACGAUUGUGGCCAUUGUGCCCGUCUCCCCUCCUCUUCCGGCUCCUACCGUCCCGGUGCCCGCCAUAUCAAGCUUCGAAGAAAUGCUUGUCAUCUUCGACCAACCUAAAUUCGACAUAUUCCGCGAUAAACCGAACCGAAGCUCUCCUUCCACGGACCAUAACGACGAGGAAAUGGAUGACGCACCUCGGUGCGGCCUCGAAGAGCAGCCGGCUUUCGCCGCUAGUCUGAUAUGCGUGCCCGAGAACCAUACUCCCGCUCAGAUAAACGCGGAGAUGGAGUCUGAGGUCUCGGUUACCGUCCCACAGCAGUCGAUGAUUCUGAAUACGGGGUUUUCACCCAUUGCGGGGUAUUCCGCAAUGGACGUCUACCAAAGUAAAGCGGCCAAUAUGAGCGAGGAAGUCUACCGCAACGACACGCCUGCUGCACUAGGUGUCAUGCAGCGAGACCAUGCUCUAAUAUCACGUAUACCUAUAACGGAACUCCUCGAGAACACUCCUAUCCCUGGAGAGCCAAACCACCCUCAAACACCCCGUAUACAUUUGACGGCACUUCUCGAGAACACUCCCAUCCCUGCAGAGCCAGACCACCCUCAAAUACCCCCUAUACCUUUAACAACACUUCUCGAGAACACUCCCCACCCGACACAGCCAGAAAUUCCAAGCCACGACAUCAAAAUGCAGGUUUCGGUCAUUGAGGUUAGCGCGGGACAGGUCCCGGCCGGGCUGACCGUGGCGUCUCCAGAAGAAGUGCCUGGAUCUCUUAGCCAAAUGACCACAGUUGGCGAGUCCGUUAGCCAGCCUGAGAUCGUACCAGGGAUCACUGCUCCCAUUCCUGCCACGACGGUCCCAGAGCCGAGCGCAAAGUCAGAGCCGGGUAUAGCGUCAGGAUCUCCGAGGCCGCCUGCACCAGAAACACCCGUUGGACCAAAGAAGCCAUUACGUCGCAAACCAAAGGACCCGAACACGAUGUUCGUAUCCAGGAAUACUGUUGCAAAGCGUAAGGUGAACUUGGGUGCCGGCCGAAAGUUUGAGUACGAGAAAGAGGCAAAGUCCUCUCCGUCGACCGCCAACCCCCCUCCCCGUACCGCCCGGGACGAACUGCCCCCUUUGCCGGCCACGCCGCAGCCUUCUAGAAACCGACCCCGCCCCCGACCACGCGAAGACGAAGAUGAUCCGGACCGGACUCGCAAAACGCCCGCCACCACGAUCGCCGUCGUCAUUCUAUCUCCUCCUCAACAGGGCCCAGCUGAGAUAGCCCAGCGCCGUCUCUUUGCACCCCGGAAGAGUCGAUUCACUGCCCAACAGGUCACUGGCGCCCACGCUGCGGAGCUGGCUGGCCGGGAGCGGCUGGACGCGGCACUUGCCUCACGCCGUGCUGUAGAAGCGGAGAGAGAAGAGACGAAGGAGGAGUUUGACGAGAAGCUCAAGGACUAG